CACUCAAACAUCGUCACUUCUCGUUCAUUGCACUCAAAAUGCACUGCUGGAGAAUGCCUACUAGUGUACAUCACGCUCCUGAGGCAUGCCUACAUUCCCAUGGUAGCCCCGAGAGCUCGCGCAUCGCCCAUGCGGGACUUGUCGCGUGCAAACUUCUCGACGAAUCCUGCAUCGUUCAAUGCAGCCUGGGGGCAAGAGUCAAGAGUUUGUUCCGAGACCCGAACACAAAGUAGCGAGGAGGAGAGGUCCACGAAACGAGACAAAGAGGUGUCAAAACACAACAAUCUAACAUUAAAAAAAUGUCCGCAAAUAUCUCUACACUUGAAAAAAGAGUUUUGUAAGACAAGUCACACAACGUAUCCUCUACCACGAUGAUGCGAAAUCAUGGGAGCGGUUGUCGCCCAUUCCACCAUUUCAACUACACCGAAAAUUUAUCUGCAUGUUCACAGAGCACACGUACACAGGCACAACUCAAUGUUCAUGUCAGAGUCAUGAAGCCAGCAAAUGAAUUCUUCGCUCGUCUCAGAUUUAUCGUGCCAUACUUCAUAUCAACAUGCUUAUUCUGUCCUCCAUCGUCUCACAUUUAUCUGAGCAGCAUCAUCGUUCUCAUUCAUAUCAUCAUCAUCUCAUGAUUCAUCUUGGUAUCAACUUCAUCAAAAUCCUUGUCAUCAUUACACUUGCAUCGUUCAGCUCACAAUCUUAUCCACUUGAUUCGCCGAAA